AUGACAAUCUCUGUUCAUAUUAAAUCUGGCCAAAAUACAUGGGAUGUGGAAAUUGAAGCAAGUAGUACUAUCAAAGAUUUUAAAGAUAAAAUUGCUAUUGUAUCUGAAAUUCCAGCUCCAAACCAAAGACUAAUUUACUCAGGUAAAAUUUUAAAAGAUGAUCAAACAAUCGAAUCUUAUAAGAUUCAAGAUGGCCAUUCUAUUCACAUGGUAAAAUCAGGCGCACAUGCCACUGCAUCUUCUACUACAAACUCUAUGACUACUACAAACACAACUGCCCCUCAAAAUAAUAAUGGCUCUUCAGGUAUGAGUACUGGCCGAGGCUCUGGAUUCAAUCCUCUCAGUGAUUUGACCAGUGCACGUUAUGCUGGCUAUACUAAUUUGCCAUCUGCUGAUAUGUUUGGACCAGAUGGUGGAAGUUUUGCUAGUCAAAGUCAAGAUGAUAUGUUACAUAUGCUAGAAAAUCCUGUUUUCCAAUCUCAAAUGAAUGAAAUGUUAAGUAAUCCAGAAAUUGUAGAUUUUUUGAUUAAUUCAAAUCCUCAACUACAAUCCUUAGGUCCACAAGCUAGAACAAUGUUUCAAUCCCCCAUGUUUAGACAAAUGCUAACUAAUCCAGAUAUGAUCAGGCAAUCCAUGAGAAUGGCACAAAUGAUGAAUGGAGGUGAAGGAACCGCUUCUGCUAGUUCUUUUCCAGCUCCUGGUGAUUCAACUACUACCACACAACCAACAUCCACAAAUAUAGAUUCUGAUACAAAUGCUACUAAUAAUACAAACAAUGCAACAAAUACUCCCACUGAUGUGCCUGGUACUACAAACUCCGGUACAGCAGCAGCAAAUCCUUUUGCAGCUUUAUUCGAUCCUUCAAUGAAUCCAUAUGCAGCUCUUGGAGGAGGCAAUGGCAAUGCUAAUAACAUGUUUAACCCAGCUGCAUUUGCACAAGCCCUACAAGCUGCGGCCCCACAUACUCAAGAACCAGAAGAUAAUAGACCUCCGGAAGAGCGUUACGAACAUCAGUUAAGACAAUUAAAUGAUAUGGGAUUCUUUGAUUUUGAUAAAAACGUAGCUGCUUUGAGAAGAUCUGGUGGAUCUGUCCAAGGUGCUGUCAAUGCAUUAUUAAGUGAGCAAUGA